AAACCUCCUCAUCGACAGCUGAGAUUGCAGUAUACUAAUUAAAAUUACAAAAAUUGUCCCUUAGAGAGACAGCUGCCGUUAAAAAGGUCAUCACCAUCCAGGUCUCAUCACUUGCCCAAUUUUCUUUCUCUCUGUCUCGGGUUUUCGAAUUAUCUCCACCUCUAUAAUAGUGAUAUAUAUGUGUAUUAGUGGGUCAGAGAUUUUUGUUGUAGACCAAAAGGUCUAUUGCUCUAAUCCGUUGGAGCCACGAAAGUGCCUUUGGAUGAUCAAUAAACCAAUUCCUAUGGCUUGAAAGCGAUUUCAUAAGUCGGCUAUUUGCUAAACUACAUACUGUAUAAUUAGACUAGUGGGUCCCCUCGCUCUCCAACUAUGGAUACAAGACUUUUGUGAUGCUACCAAUCCAAUUCAGUUUGGAGGAUUUCAGUGAGGAUUAAGCUCCCUGGAUCAUCAUCAUGGAGGGUUCUUAUGAAGCAUCAACCAAUGGUGAAACAGCAAAUUCCAAUCUUCAGAUUAUUAGAUAUUCUCCAUUCCAACCCUGCGCCAAAUUCUCUUCACCCUGGUUUGAUUUGAGAGUGUUUUAUGUUAGAAUAAGUAAUUUCACAGUUGAUGCUUCAACUCCGGAAUGUCUCACUGUCAAUCAUAUCCCUCUGAGCCCUCAUACCCUUUUGGAAAUCAAUGGUGUUAGAAGUAGCAUGUAUUCUGAUGGUGUUUCUUCUCUCCUUAGAAGGGAUCGAGUUGACAAGAAAUCUGAAGAAGCUACAUUCGUCAGUACAGAUAGUAUUAGAACCACAGGAAGUGUGAAAUUUGAAGUUUUUGACUCAGAUGAUCUUGUUUUAUCCGGGGUCUUGGAGAUGUCUAGUAGUAAUGGUUUUAUCGGGGAGUUGAAAAGCAAUGGGAAGAGAUGGAGUAUGAAUUGUGAAUCAGAGAUCACAGCUGGUACUGGCUUUUUGAAAGGGAAACACAUUGCUGGUACUGAAUUGCCAACCAUUGAGGUUUAUGUUACAGGUUGCUUCUCUGGAACCCCUAUCAUAUUAACUAAGACUUUGCAACUUAGUUAUCGCAAAAAGCAUAUUAGGAAGGGCAUGUUGGAUGCAAUUCCGGAGUAUGAGACCACCGAAUCCCAGAAAAAUGUUUCACGUGAACAUGACCUGCAGGUAGCAGAGUACAGAAGUUACGAAGCAGAAAAUGAAGAAGAGUAUAAUAACAUGUACUGGAGGACGGAAUAUAUGGAUGGUGAAGACGGAGAGCUGUCAUGGUUUAAUGCGGGUGUAAGGGUUGGCGUGGGGAUUGGGCUUGGAAUUUGUCUUGGAAUCGGUAUAGGAGUAGGUUUGCUGGUUCGGACAUACCAAUCAACUACCGGAAACUUUAGAAAACGGCUUGUGUGAUACCUCUUUUUUCUUCAACAGCUAUGCGUCGUUGGUUCCCUCCAAAUCUGAUAAAAGCAGCUAACUUUCCUCCAUGUUUAAAUGAUGGGCUUUUGACUACAAGAUUUUGACCGAGUUUUAUGUCUAGCUGACUGUUUUCUUUCCUUGUUGGUGUGCGUCUGUAUGUGUGUUUUCUCUCCCUAUCUAAACUUGUAAUGAGAUGUGAUGUUUUUCUAGAAAGGGUAUAACGGAUAGUUAGAUUGAACUGAUGGGAAUGAAUUACAGUCCUUCACAUUAAUCUCAAGGUUAUACUUGUAUGAGUUUGUAUCACUUGUAUUUCCCUGUAAAUAAGAUCUGUUUUUGAGAAGCCAA